AUUAAGAAACACCGUUAAAUGGUAAUAGCGGAGUCAUUUUCUGCGUGCAAAUUUUAACUUCGUUUAAAAAUUGAAUUGUAAAAUGCGCAAUUUAUAUGUUUUAUUGUUAUGUUGUGUUGUCACAUCUGUGCCAUUACAAUAUGUAGCUGCAUAUUCAAUACGAAAAAAUGAUUUAAAAACUGUGGAAAAGCAUAAUGAGGAUUCAGAUGUGACCAAAAGUGGAUUGAUGGAAAAGUGCAAACCAUGCAAAGUAGGCAUCAAAUGUGUGCCGCAAAUCCAAUGUCCCGCCCACGUGCGAAUGGGACAGCAUGAGAAGCCGCAAGUUUGCGAUUUGCCCGCUGGCAAAUUUGGAUUCUGCUGCGAAACGGGCCAGAAUCAUACGGCACAUGAGAGCAAGGAGCGUCGCUCCGCCUUUCCCGCCAUUCUGCCGCCCGAUGUGCUCGAGGAGGCGCGCAAGAAUUUCGAGCAGCUAAUGCAUGGCGUUGCACAUCUGCAAAUUCCCGUGCAACGUGGUCAUCCCGACUUCAUCCACGGCAUUGUUUUCCACUCGACUCCCAAAGAGGACUUGCACAAUUUUGCGCUGUCAAACAAUGCCUUGGAGCAGGUGAUAACAACACAGGUGUUCGGUCAGAAGGAGCAGGUGCCGCUCGAUGAUUUCAUCACGAACAAUGUGCAGGUGAAGUUCUCAAAGACACCGCUGGCUCAUCAUUGCCAGGCACCGCCCAUUUGUCGUGGUCGGCAAAAUUUGCGGAGUCUGGACGGCACUUGCAAUAAUCCGUUGGCGCAGCGUUCGCAUUGGGGUGCCGCCGGGCAGUCGAUGGAGCGUCUGUUGCCACCCGCCUACGAAGAUGGCAUUUGGACGCCACGUGCCAAGGCCAAGGAUGGCAGUCCACUGACGAGUGCCCGUGAAAUCUCACGCAUUCUCUUCGAGGAUGUGCAUCGUCCACAUCACAAAUGCAAUCAGCUCAUCAUGCAAUUUGGCCAGCUCUUGGCGCACGACGUCUCCCAGUCGUCGUCGGUGCGUCUCGAUGAGAAUGGUGGCCUGGUGCAGUGCUGCUCGACGGGAGGCCAAAGUAUUUUACCCCGCGACAAACAGCACUUUGCCUGCCUGCCCAUUCCGGUGGCCGAGAACGAUGAAUUCUAUGGCGCUUUUGGUGUGCGUUGUCUGAAUCUGGUGCGUCUCUCCCUGGUGCCCAGUGCCGACUGCCAGCUGAGCUAUGGCAAACAGCGCAGCAAGGUGACCCACUUCCUCGAUGCCUCACCCGUCUAUGGCUCCAAUGAGGAGGCGGCACGCGACUUGCGCACCUUCCACGGCGGCCGAUUGCGUAUGUUCAACGAUUUUGGUCGCGAUCUGUUGCCCCUGACGAGUGACAAAAGCGCCUGUGGCAGCGAUGAGCCAGGAAAAUCUUGUUUCAAGUCGGGUGAUGGCCGCACAAAUCAGAUAAUCUCGCUGAUCACACUGCAAAUAGUGUUUGCACGUGAACAUAAUCGCAUUUGCGAUGUUUUGGCCAAACUGAAUCCGACGGCAACCGAUGAGUGGCUUUAUCAGGAGGCACGACGCAUUGUGAUCGCUGAGCUGCAGCACAUCACGUACAAUGAGUAUCUGCCAGCUGUAAUUGGACCGAAGCAAGUCAAGCGAUUCCGUUUAACGCCCCAACAUCAGGGAUAUUCCACGGACUAUAGCGUUGAUGUUAAUCCAGCGAUCACAAAUGAGUUCUCUGGCGCUGCUUUUCGCAUGGGUCAUUCAAGUGUCGAUGGCAAGUUUCGCAUACGCGAUGAGAUCAUUAAUAUACCCGACGUUAUGUUUAAUCCUUCGAGGAUGCGCAAACGUGAAUUCUUUGAUGAUAUGCUGCAAACGCUUUUCGCACAGCCAAUGCAGCAAAUUGAUAGCUCGAUAACCCAGGGUCUGAGCCGAUUUCUGUUUCGCGGUGAUAGUCCGUUUGGUUUGGACUUGGCUGCCAUUAAUAUACAACGUGGUCGCGAUCAGGGACUGCGCUGCUAUAACGAUUACCUCGAAGUGAUGGGUGCACCAAAACUGCGAAAUUUUGAUCAGUUUCCCAAGGAAGUUGGUGAGAAGCUGUCGCGUGUCUAUCAUUCGACUGAUGAUAUUGAUUUGUGGGUUGGCGGCUUGCUGGAGCAAGCGAUUGAGGAUGGUAUCGUUGGCAUUACAUUUUCGGAGAUUAUUGCCGAUCAGUUUGCACGCUUUAAGCAUGGCGAUCGCUUCUACUAUGAAUACGAUAAGAAGAUUAAUCCAUCUGCCUUUCAGCCGGCACAAUUGCAGGAGCUUCGAAAGGCGAGCAUAGCACGUUUAAUAUGCGAUAAUGCCGAUCAUUUGACACUGCACACGGUGCCCACAGCAGGUUUUGUGCGUGCCGAUUUUCCUGGUAAUCAGCUGGUGCAUUGCGAUGAUCCGCGACUUCCCUCAGUCGAUCUAAACGCCUGGCGCAUGUAAUGCAUUUAUCGGCUCAUUUUAAUUGGCUUUACUUAAUUCUUAUUUAACAAUGCAUUUUCAAAAAGAUUUUAAAAUAUAAAUAUAUAUAAUAACCAGAAUGAAGAAA